AUGAGUUAUCAUACAGUAAUCCGUUCCAUUGUGACGGCCUACGUCAUCCUUUUACUGGCUGUACAUUGGAUCAUAGCAUGGAUCUUGCAGUUAAUAAUUAUUUUCUUUACGUACCCGUUUAUGGGCCGCGAGAAGAGGCAGGAUUGCUGUGGUUUUAUUUUUCGUUUCGCAAACUUUUUUUCCACCGACUUCCUGAAUCCCUUUUGGAGGAGCCAAAUUCUGAAGCCCUUUCCAAAUGUGAAGGGGAAAAAAGUGUUGAUUAUGAUGAACCAUUUAAGCGCUGCGGAUCCGUUUCUGAUGGUUAGGGUGCUUCUCCCUUUUGACGCUGCGUGGAUUGCGAAAAGUGGACUCUUUCGUGUUCCGUUUGGUGGCUGGUGCUUGAGCAACGCCAACGAUCUGAAGGUGUGCUUUAAAAACAAGCGGGAGGGACUAGAGACGGUUAAAGGGACUGUCGGGGUUAUGAUGGAGGAGGCGCGCCGGAAGUUGUGUCGGGGACGCCCCAUUGCCGUGUUUCCUGAGGGAUUACGCAGCAAAGAUCCCGAAGGGGGGCUGCUGCCAUUUCGCCUUGGCUUCUUUAAGCUGGCAGUGGAGGAGGGCGCGACGAUUGUCCCGAUUGCCAUUAGCGGAACGGAUAAGUGCUGGCCUCUCGGCUCCGUGUUGAUGGAUUCUUCCACCGCAUACUUUUCAUGCGGGGACCCCGUCGAUGCGUCGACGUUUAGGACGGCGGAGGAGCUGCGGGAUCACGUGUGGCAAGUCAUCACGGACCUGCGGGAGAGUCACCCAGACCGACGGGGGAAAUUAAAAUCGCAAUAG